AUCACUUUAAACGUUAGCAAAGUGCUACGUUUCCGUGGACAGUUUUAAAUGGGCCAAUUGGUUGAUAAAACCACGUUAAAAAGGUUUAUCAAUUCUAGACUAGAGCGUGACUCAUCCUGGUCUAUUUUGUUAAAUAAAUAUUUUUUGUAAUCAGUGCAAGCUGACUAAGCUAAAUAUUCCGUAGAAAACCGAAUAAAUUCCUCGAUUUAUUUUAAAACUUUCCGAGCUAAUAUUCAAACAAAUGUUUUCCGCCAAAAUUUUUCUCUAAUUGAAUUCGAAUUGGUUGGAUAAAAUCGUCGUAGGGUCGUUAUUUAUGGCUCAUUGUGUUUCCAGUUUGCUGUUUUUCGUCUUAAACCGAACGGAAAUGAAUGCAAAGUGCACAAUAAAAAGAUACGUUUUGCUGUGGGCGAGAUUAGACCGACAUUACACUGAUUCGGGGUGCUGUAAAAAAUGGGGUGGUGUUAAGAAGAGAAAUGAACGUUUAAAUAGUAAUGAAUGACACAAAUUGUAUGUAAUUAUCGAUUCGAGUUAACUCGUCUGAAUUGAUGGUAAUUUAUUUUUGAAUAUUUUAUUUUUCCAGGUUCGUUAAUUUUUUAUAAAUUUAUUAUAAUAUAAAUAACUUGUUCCGAACUCUUCUCACUUGCAACAAUGUAUCUAGACUUGAACAAAGGUAUUGCUGAUAAUACAGUUUUGUUCAGAAUAAUGGGCCACUGGCCGUUCGGUAACCCAAAAUUAUACAGGGUGUACACUCAUUUCGUGUUAAUAAACAUGUAUUUAUACAAUUUGACGAGUUUGAUAAACAUGUUGAAAAAUCUGGACGACACUGAAGAAGUCACAGCCACUAUUUAUAAUCUUUUGAGUACGGUGGCUGUUAUCAUUAAAGCGAACAUCUUUCACUACCACUUCAAUCACGUUAAAACAAUCGUGACCAUGUUUGAAUCGGAAGCAUUUCAGCCGAAAAAUAAACAGCAAGAAAAAAUUCUCAAAAAUGGGAUUUUUUGGGCUAGAUUUAUUUUUUACUAUUUUUUCCUCACCGCUGAUUUGACCCUAGUCAUGUGGAUUCUUUUUCCUAUUAUGGAUGGUGAGAGACGUUUUCCUUCAAAUGCCUGGUUUCCUUACGAUUAUCUCUCGGGCCGAAAUUACACUUUGACUUACAUUUGGCAAAGUAUUUUUAUCAUUUACCACGCUUUAAGUAACGUUUGCAUGGAUACUUUUUUCGCAAUGUUAAUGGUACAAACAGGGGCCCAGUGUGACGUUCUCAACAACCAAGUGUCUCUUUUGGGGAAAGAAAGUGUCGAUUCUGACACAGUUAGGGGUGAAUUAGGCAAGUGUAUACACCACCAUAAAUUAAUUUUAAAACUAGCUGAAACUAUUGGUUUAGUUUUCCGCAACAUUGUUUUGGUGCAAUUCGCCACCAGUGUCUCAGUUUUGUGUGAAACCAUGUUUUUAUUAUCACUGGUGAAAACUUUGAAUGCAACUUUUGUCAUGCUGUUAUUUUACCAAGUGGCGAUUUUUACGCAAAUUUUUCUGUACUGUUGGUUUGGAAACGAAGUCGUUUUGAAGAGCGCAAAAUUAUAUUAUUCGGCUUAUGAAAGUCGGUGGUACGAAUGUCCGCAAAGUUUUAAGAAAGAUCUGCUAUUUUUCAUGCAAAGGACACAAAAACCGAUCGUACUUUUCGUCGGGAAAAUGUUUCCAAUUACUGUAAUAACUUUCACAAGCAUCUUGCGGUCGUCUUGGGCUUAUUUUAUGGCGCUGAGAAAAGUUCAUGAUAAGUCGUAAAAUUUGGUAAUUUUUAGAAGUGCAUCACUGACAAAUAUUGACAUUAGCUGCACAGUCACGAGUAAUUGUUACUUUCGCAAACGCCAACAGAUAAAAAAACGCUUCAAAAUAUUCAACGAUUUAUUUUUCUUUCUCUGACUUUCCUUUGGACGAAAAAACUAGUAAUAAAAAAAUGCAAAUUUCUGUAUUCUGUCGGAAACUUUGAAAAUAAAUUCAUUGAAAUAU